UUGACUCCGCAGCGGGUGCAAGAUGCGCUCAGAGAAGGAGGGGGUGGGAGGCUCCGGGGCGGCCGUUGCCGCGCGGGGCCCGAGCGGGAGGGAAAAGGUAUCUGCUGUGGAAGUCCAAUUCCGCCGGGAGUCGCCGCGGCGGGAACCAGAGGCGCCACCAGCCUCGGCCUUCGGCUGUGGGGGCGGUACAAGCAAACCUCGCGAGGAGAAGAAGACAGUUCUGAGCAAGGUGGUGAUCCGGCGGCUGCCGCCCGGCCUCACCAAGGAGCAGCUGGAGGAGCAGCUGCACCCGCUGCCCGCGCAUGACUACUUCGAGUUCUUCACGGCCGACUUGAGUCUUUAUCCUCAUCUUUACUCAAGAGCAUACAUUAAUUUUAGAAAUCCUGAUGACAUCCUUCUUUUUAGAGAUCGUUUCGAUGGCUAUAUCUUCAUCGACAGUAAAGGCCUAGAAUAUCCUGCGGUGGUAGAGUUUGCCCCAUUCCAGAAGAUAGCCAAAAAGAAAAUAAAGAAAAAAGAUGCCAAAACUGGAAGCAUUGAAGACGAUCCAGAAUAUAAGAAGUUUUUGGAAACUUACUGUGUGGAGGAAGAGAAACCUAAUGCCAAUCCUGAAACUCUCCUGGGAGACAUAGAGGCAAAGACUAGAGAACUUAUUGCUAGAAGAACCACACCUCUUUUGGAAUAUAUUAGAAAUAGAAAAUUAGAGAAGCAGAGGAUUCGAGAAGAGAAGCGAGAAGAGCGAAGGAGAAGGGAGCUGGAGAAGAAGCGUUUACGGGAAGAAGAAAAGAGAAAAAAGAGAGAAGAGGAGAGGUGUAAGAGGAAGGAGGCGGACAGACAGAAGAGAGCUGCUGAGAGAGAAGUAAGGAUUAAGCUUCUUAAGAAACCGGAAAAGGGGGAGGAACCAACUGAAAAGCCAAAAGAAAGAGCAGAGGAAGUGGAUAUCGGAGAUGGAAAACGGGAGCCCUGGGCUGUCCUGAAGCCCACGCCCUUUGGGAGCUUGGUGGAGGAGCCCAGGGAAAAGUCACAGAAUGACAGUGAUAAAGAGCAAAGGGAGCUGGAGAGCAGAUUUCGAGAAAAAGAGCCUGAAACACAGAGAUGCCACGUGGACGACAGCACAAAGCACGGAGCUCCCUGUGAGGUAGCCAAGUUUCCAAGGAGAAACGAAGAAGAGCCAAAAUGGGGGAAAGGAGACCCCCCAGACACAGGGAAGAAGGGGAACCAGGACAGUGGCGUCCCUGUGGAGGCAGCAGAGUGGCCCGGGAGAGAGCACAGGAGUGAAGGCGGCCCAGCACCCAAAGCAGAGCGUCUGGGAAACAAGGACCGGCCAGCCUUGCAGCUGUACCAGCCAGGAGCUCGCAUCCGAGCACAAGAAACUGGUGGGGGAGUCUCCAUGGAGGGCCAUGAUGGGAGCAGGGGCGAGGCUGAAGAUUCGGCGUGGGCUGGUUCCCAGAAGAGUGAAGAGGCAGGCCCCUAGGACAGGAGCGUUGCCCCCACGUGAAGUCCACAGCUUGAAGUAUUGCCCCUUCAACAGUUUGGCCACUGACAUUUUUCACAGUCUCCUGAUGGGUGUGCUGCUCGUGGUGUGUAACCGCUGUUACGUAAGGGCUGCUGAGGUAACAUAAGAGCAUUAUUUGGGGACAGGGACAACUUAGGUACAGCAUCUGGGGUUUUCCUUUUUGCAGUCUGAGGCCAUUUUAUUUUCAAAAGGACUUAAUGGAGCUUUCUGCAAUUAUGUGUUCACAGUAUUUUUUAAUGUUUGUGAAAUUUUUAAACAUUAAUGUAUUUUGGUACUAUGCUUUGGACCACAUAUUAAAUAAUUUUAGUUGCUAUGGAUUUGAAUUCCAGUACUUUUCCUACAUUGAAUUUUACAUAAUAAAAUAUUGCUUUUCAAAAUGUAGCUUUAA